AUGGACAACCCAACACACUACAGAAGCAUCAUUGGUGCACUUCAGUACCUCAUCAUGUCAAGACCCGAUGAUGCCUUUACUGUAAAUAAAUUGAGCCAAUAUAUGCAAGCUCCAACAUCUGAACAAUGGGGAGCCUGUAAAAAAAUACUCAUAUAUCUUGCAGGUUUAAUAGGACAUGGAUUGGUCUAUAAACCUGCUACUAGAUUUGACAUCCAAGGCUUCACUGAUUCUGAUUGGGCAGGGUGCUUUGAUGACAGAAAAUCAACAUCAGGGUAUUGUAUAUUCCUAGGAGAAAAUUUAAUCAGUUGGUGUUCCAAGAAGCAAAUUGUUGUUGCUCGAUCGAGUACAGAAUUUGAAUAUAGAGCCCUUGCUCUUGCCACUGUAGAGAUAAUAUGGAUAUAA